UUCCCAGGAGCUGAGACCUCCCUGCCUCCUUCCCAGGAGCUGAGACCUCCCUGCCUCCUUCCCAGGAGCUGAGACCUGCCUGCCUCCUUCCCAGGAGCUGAGACCUCCCUGCCUCCUUCCCCGGAGCUACGACCUCCCUGCCUCCUUCCCCGGAGCUACAACCUCUGUGCUUUCCUUCAGAUCUCUGGGCCUCCUUCCCUGGAUCUGAGAUUUCUGGGAGCUAGCUCUGCAGGUGCAAGUCCCAGCCCUGCUCCUCCCUGCUGCCUCCCUCCCUCUCUUUGUGACUGCUGUGGAGCCUCACCCUUGAUAAAGCCCCUCAGCCCAGCCUCCUGCCCCAGAAAGACAAGGAAAAGUUGUUCAGAGGACAAGGUCUGCCCCAGGAGGGAGCCGGAGCCGGAGGGGAUGGCCGGUGGCAGCCACCCCCCCCCUCAGGAGUUGGUGACUUUCCAGGAUGUGGACGUGGACUUCACCCCAGAGGAGUGGGGCCUUUUGGACCCUUCUCAGAAGGAGCUGUACAAAGAGGUCAUGCUGGAGAAUGCUUGGAACCUGCUGUCUAUGGGCUUGCCAGCUCCCAGAGACGUGAUUUCUCAUCUUGAGCAAAGGGAAGCACAGGGGAUGCUGGAGCAGGAAGUCCUGAGGAGCUGCUGCCCAGAUAUAAAAACUAUUGGAACAUCCACAAGAAUCCUGUAUCUACAUACUGGAGAGAAACCUUACAAAUGUAAUCAGUGUGAAAAAGCCUACAAAAAGAAGGCUUUUCUUAUUGUACAUCAGAGAAUCCACACUGGAGAGAAACCUUACGAAUGUGAUCAGUGUGGAAAGGCUUACAGACAGAAAGCUUAUCUUGUGAGACAUCAGGGAAGCCACACUGGAGAGAAACCUUAUAAAUGUGAUCAGUGUGGAAAGGCUUACAGACAGAAAGCUUAUCUUACGAUACAUCAGAGAAUCCACACUGGAGAGAAACCUUAUGAAUGUGAUCAAUGUGGAAAGUCUUACAGACAGAAAGCUUAUCUUACGAUACAUCAGAGAAUCCAUACUGGAGAGAAACCUUAUGAAUGUGAUCAGUGUGGAAAGGCUUACAGACAGAAAGCUUAUCUUAUGAAACAUCAGAGAAUCCACACUGGAGAGAAACCUUAUGAAUGUGAUCAGUGUAGAAAGGCUUACACACAGAAAGCUUAUCUUAUUAUACAUCAGAGAAUCCACACUGGAGAAAAACCUUAUGAAUGUGAUCAGUGUGGAAAGGCUUACAGACAGAAAGCUUAUCUUAUGAUACAUCAGAGAAUCCACACUGGAGAGAAACCUUAUGAAUGUGAUCAGUGUGGAAAGACUUUCAGAACCAACUCACACUUUAUUGUACAUCAGGGAGUCCACACUGAAGUGAAACAAUAUAAAUGUAAUGAAUGUGGAAAGGCGUACAAAAACAACCAUGGUUUAGUUGUACAUCAGAGAAUCCACACUGGGGAGAAACCUUAUGAAUGCCAUCAUUGUGGAAAGUCUUUUAGAUACAGCUUCAGUCUUACUGUACAUCUGAGAAUCCACACUGGAGAGAAACCUUAUCAGUGUCAUGAAUGUGGAAAGGCUUACAAACAGAAGACUCGUCUUACUGUACAUCAGAGAAUCCACACUGGAGAGAAACCUUAUCAGUGUCAAGAAUGUGGAAAGACUUUUAGAAAAAACAAUAAUUUUGUUAAACAUCAGAGAGUUCACACUGGAGAGAAACCAUAUGAAUGUGAUCGGUGUGGAAAGGCUUACAAACAGAAGUCUUGUCUUCGUAUACAUCAGAGAAUUCACACUGGUGAGAAACCUUAUGAGUGUGAUCAGUGUGGAAAGGCUUUCAGACAGAAAGCUUAUCUUAUGAUACAUCAGAGAAUCCACACUGGAGAGAAAACUUAUUAAUACAAUCAACAUGGAAAGGCUUUCAUAUGAAAACUGAGUCUUGCUGUAUGUACAUCAGGGAAUCCACACCGGAGAGAAACAUUGUAAAUGUAAUGAAUGUGGAAAGGGCUGUUUAAAAAAACCACGAUUUAGUUGCAUAUCAGAAACCUUGUGAGUGUGAUCAAUGUGCAACAGUAUAACAAAAUUUUUGACCAUCAGAAAAUCCCAGCUGGAGAGAAACCUUUGGAAUAUUAUUCGAUAUGGAAAUGCUUCUAGAGAUCCCUCUGAUAUCUUCUUUAAAGAACCCACACUAAAGAAGAGUCUAGAUUGUGGUAGGGUUUUUUACAUGCUCUCUUCCCCAAUGUAAAAUAAAAGAAUCCAUACCAGAGGACAAACAUUAAUGUAGCCACAUGGAAAAGCAUUUAGACUAAAAUCAUCGCUUAUUUCCCAUCAGAGAAGAGGAAGUAAAAGGACUUAGAAACUAUAUCCCUGUAACAAAUGUGGAAAGGGAAUACAGAGUAGAAUACAGAGCUUGUUAAAUAUCGGGGAUAUUCAUUUUGUGAACAUGCCCUGCCUGGACUCAACAUGGGAAGAUCUUCAGUCACAGACCAUCUCUUACUUUAUAUCAGAGACUCUCAGUGGAGGAAAGACUUUGGAAUCUGCUGAAUGGUGACCCACCUUCCCCUACAAAAUGGAGGUCAUUAGACACAAUGUACUUCUGUGUACAAUGGAAAAAUCUUCAUGUAGAUAAAACUUAUGCACUAAUUAGAGAACAGGUUUUUAUGCACAGGACAGAUUUCAAUAGAAACCAUACAUUUCAUACAUGCUUCAAGCCAUGAAAAUGGGCAGUAUUUCUCAGAAAUCUUAAAAGUUUUUACUUCUGGGAUUCAAGAGCGCAGAAUUAACAGGAAAUUGCCCAGACUCUCCCAUAUUCACCUCUAAACAAUUGUAAAAUUAUGCCCCCAAAUGAAUUCUGGAAUUGUAGAACCAGUAAAAAAAGAAAGGCUCAGACAAAUCUUUUAGCCCAAAGAAAGUCAGAAAGUUGUCAGGUAAGGUCUCCCAAAUGUCUACAAAAGGAGAGUGUGGUCCAGGACAGAAAGCAAUGCAAGAAGCCAGUAGCAUCCUCUGCUUCAGCAAAACAGCAAGAUACCAUAAGUCCCAAUACAAUGCCUGACAAGCAGGCAAACAACAUUGGACCCCACUACAUACCUCAGUGCAGCUCCAGUGAACAGGCAGAGACCAGCCAGGAACUCCUUUUCUCCAUGUGCCUUACCUGCCAAAUUUCCAAGGUGAUCUCCCCACCUCUUGAUAUGUGGCAAAGUACCAGCCACUCACCUCCCUCUCCUGGACAGCCAUAGCAAGGAUCCCACACUCUUGGUACAGCACAGGGGUCUCCCACGUGCCUCAGUAUAUUGCCAGGUAAUACGGUGGGAUUUGUAUUAUUUUGUUCAGAUUUGCUCUUACAGAAUGACACGCCCACAUGGAAAUACAAAUAAUGCAUUUUAAUAUCAGCAAAUAAUAGGAGUGCAAGUAGUAUUGCAGCAACAAUAUCCAACAUAUUGGAUGAUUAUACACAGGAAAGCCAAAGAAAGUAAAAGAGGGGAAAUCCAUCCCUGGUUUGUGGGAGGACAAACUUGUGAUUGUUUGGGCUGGAGAAUCCAGAUCAGAGUCUUGAUCAGAAUGAACCUAGCAGAGUGUCUUCUCAAACUGUGAAAUUGGUGAAAUUGUCUCCCAGUGGUUUAAAUGAUUUGAGAACAAAGAAAGCUUUGGCCAAUCUCCAAUUUCCUCCUGCACUUUCCCAGAGCAUUAGCCAAUUUCAUCCGGAAAUGUGUGGGAGUAUUAUGGAGACCUCAGAACUGGUUAGGUUCUCCCAGGGGUAAGACUUCAUUUAUUACAACCUUGUGCAUCUGGCCAUGAUCUAUCUGUUCUUAGGCUCUCAAGAUGAAUGAGUAUUCAGACAUAAGGUGGGGGUCGGGGGGGGAGGGGAAGGAGUAAGCUACAAAUCAUCCAGGCUUCAAGACACUAGUCUGAGCCUACAACAUGGAGGAUCUUUAUUAUUCAGUUAUUAACCUGUCAUUCCACCUUAAGAUGAGAAACGUUUAGGGUAUAGGCUGUUAACACUUUAGAGGACACGCUGGUAUAUGUCAUAUUUUGCACCACAGUAGGUACACAUGAAUAGUAACAGUAUAGUAGAUAAUAAAAUAGGGUUGGCUAAAAUAGAAAAAUAUUUUUGGUUGGUUAUUGAUUUAAAGAAAAAAUGUCAAUGAUGAUUAGUACUGAAAAUAGCCAAAUGUGAGGUUUCAGUUAUUUUUUUUUUUUUUGGUAACUAUAUGAAUUUGUAUUCGAUGUUCAUUGACUGCUCUCUGAUUCUUUUCCAAUAAUUGCUUCAUUAUUAAAGAAGAAUUUAAUGUAGCUACCAAAGGUCCAAGAGAUACAUAAG